AUGCACGACGAAGCCGACGACAACGAUGAUGAAAAUAUCGAAUUGGAAGAACGUCUUUUGGCGGAGGAUGCUAGUGCUUCAAAAGGAGAUGAAGGUGGUGAGAUGGGUGCGUCUCAAAUCCCAAUAUUCCAUAAACCAGUGGUUGCGCAAAUGCCGCAAUUGCAUGACGUUGCGUCAGCCCCAUUAGGUAAUCAUCAUGAAGGUUGCCUGUGGCGUGUCAGGGCGAUCAAACCAGUGUUUGGUGAAAAUUGGAAGAUUACGAGAUUGGGUGAAGAUCACAAUUGUUUGAAUGAGCAUAUUUCCCAGGGACAUAGACAGCUCGAUGCAGAUGUUAUUGCAGAUCUCAUUGAUGGAACGCAUUUAUAUGGGAAGUACAAAGGGAAAUUGUUGGUGGCCACAGCCCAAGAUGGUAAUGAUGAAUGUUUACCGAUCGCUUUUGCCAUCGUUGAAGGUGAAACCUUGGAAGCAUGGGACUAUUUUCUUGUUAAUAUCCGUGCUCAUGUUACAGACAUGUCAAACAUAUGUCUGAUCUCAGAUCGUCAUCGUAGCAUAAUAUCUUCUGUGGAGAAUAACCCUACUUGGCUGCCACCAAAAGCGUAUCACGUCUUUUGUAUUCGUCAUAUUGCAAGCAACUUCAAUCAAAAGUUUCGGAAUGAGGGUUUGAAGCGGAUGUUAAAGAAUUUAGGCUAUACUCCGACCAUGGUUGAUUUUGAAAGGAAUCUUGCGAGCUUUCGUGAAAGUAGUCCUCAAAUUACUGAGUGGAUUGAUGCCAUCCCUAAGGAAAAGUGGUCGCGUGCCUAUGAUAUUGAAGGACAAAGGUACGGGCAUAUGACAACAAAUUUGGCAGAAUUUGUGAACAGGGUUUUGAAGGGGGCCAGAAAUAUGCCGAUAAUUGCAUUGGUUAAGCACACAUAUAGCAAAUUGGUUCAUUAUUUUGUUGAGAGGGGUACAUCUGCUGUUGUGCAACUUGAAUCAGCUCAUCGUCAUGGCAAAAAUGUUGUUGAAUUGGUCAAGAAGAAUCAGGUACAUGCAACAGGCCACCAUGUUCGUGCAUACAACGUGGAUCAUACUGUCUUCGAGGUUGACGCAGGUUGGGAGCGUUCAUAUUAUGUCAAUCUUCCACAGAGAUUUUGUCAAUGUGGAAAGUUUAAGGCCUUUAAGUACCCGUGUAGUCACGCCGCUGCUGCUGCUUUAAGUGUUAGGCAGAGUCCUUUCACGUACGUAGACGAUGUCUUCUUGACAUCUAACUUGGUCGAGGCAUAUUCUUUUCCGUGA